GCGAGAGCCACCCAGCAGACGCGCCCGGCCUAUUAAUAGCUGGCCACAGCCCUUGCGUUUUUCUGCGAGGGCGAGUCUCACGUUUUCUCCCCCCACUCUGGCUUUUCUGCUCCCAUGCGCAGGGGCCUUUUCGGCAGAAGCUCCACCGACAAAGGACACAAACAGCAAGCGCCGGCUUUUGUUCGCGGGGCCAGCGUGCAAAACAGCGCACACACAAAGAUGCCACCAUGUAGCGGCAUUGUGCGGGCGUUUAUCAGCCCGCCAUCACGGAUUGCGCGGAUAGUGCGCUGGGUGCCUCAAAUUAGCCUGGCGCACAGGCUGUCCCAGAGAACAUAUGUGCUGAACCAUAUGUUGGUCGAUCCGUGCAGCAGCAUGAACUGCACCAGUGUUUUUAAUAUUGGCGCGUGUGUUUUUGGCACUGCCGCAUUUGAUCAAUCGCGACUCUUUUUGCUAUUAGCGCACCGGUACUGUCCAAAGGAGGGACACAUCACACCAGCAUGGCUACAUUGGACACGGUUUAUAUUGGGUACUUUGCGUCGCACAUCCCCAUCACGCUGGCUGUGGACCUCAUGCCGCUGCUGCCCCGAGCACUGGUGCCCGGGCCACUGCUGGCGCUCAACACGUUCCUGACGCAGACGCUGCGCGACCCGUUCAUGGUGAUCGACGACACGCGCACAGACCUGACGUGGUUCCGCAGCUUCCUUGCCUGCGAGCUAGUGUUCCAGCUGCCGUUCUUCUUCUAUGCGCUAAAGCUGCUGCUGGCGGGGUCGCCGCGGCGGCACCCGUGGCUGGCAGUGUAUGGGGCCCACGUAGUGACCACGAUGGUGCCUAUUCUGGCGACGCUGGCAUUCAACAUCACCGACCGCACGGUGAGCGAGAAGCUGAUGCUGGCCAUGAUGUACGGGCCGUAUCUGGCGAUUCCGCUGCUGAUGGUGGCGACGUCGCUGCCGCACUGCCUGGCAGCCAAGGCAAAGACCGACUGAGUGAUAGCAACUUUUGCUCUAUUUCAUUUUCGAAAAUAUAAAGGGACGCAGACUAUGCAGACAGCUC